GGCGCCGCCCGCUGGGGUCAGAGGUCACCAUGCUGAGGGCGGCGUGGAGGGUGCUGAGUUCUAUUCGGACCCAGGCCCCAGUGCUUGGGCUGUCGCGUGGGGGGUGCGCCCGGCUUCCCUCCGACCACUGGGGCCUCCCCUCACCUCCCGGCGGUUUCAUCCUCCCUGCCACCCGCGGAUAUGCCACCCAGAAACCAGAGGGGGCCACCCAGGCCUACCCCGUGUACAGCGCUUCGUGUCUGCCCUGCGGCGGAGGAUCUGGCUUCCCCUUCCAGAGCAGCUUGCAUAUUGGCAAAGAUCUCUUACUAGUCCGGCCCAGCCAAGAAGAUGACCUGCCCCCUUCCACGCUGCUCAAAGAUUACCAGAACAUCCCUGGAAUUGAGAAGGUUGAUGAUGUCGUGAAAAGAAUCUUAUCUUUGGAAAUGGCGAACCGGAAGGAGAAGCUAAAAAUCAAGCAAGAGCAAUUGAUGAACAAGGUUGUGGCAAACCCUGAGGACACCAGUUCCCUGGAGGCUCGAAUUGUUGCCUUGACUGUCAAGAUCCGCAAUUAUGAAGAACACAUGCAGAAACAUCGAAAGGACAAAGCCCACAAGCGAUAUCUGCUGAUGAGCAUUGACCAGAGGAAAAAGAUGCUCAAAAACCUCCGUAAGACCAACUACAAUGUCUUUGAGAAGACAUGCAAGGACCUGGGGAUUGAGUACACCUUUCCCCCUCUGUACCACCGAAAAGCCCACCGCCGCUGGGUGACCAAGAAGGCUCUGUGCAUUCGGGUUUACCAGGAGGUUCAAAAGCUGAAGAAGCAAAAAAGAGCCUUAAAAGCUGCAGCAGCAGCAGCCCGAAAACAAGGCCAGAUGAACCCAGAAAGCUCUUCCAAAGCUGGACCAGAGGAAAUCAAGGAAAACCAAUAAAUUUUGUUAAAGUUGUA